AUGGCUUCUAAGGGAGAAGCGAAGCCCGGCUUUCUAGUUCCCGCCUACGACUUGGCCUCCUCGCCCGUCUCGGCAGGACGCCCACCCAGGCCACCCGGUGAGGAGGGGCUCACUGAAAGUAAUGUUCGGAGCUCGCCGGAACCACCACCACGAGCACCGACGUCCGCUCGGGCGACUUCGCCCUCGCCACUUCAGCGGAGGCUACGCCCGAGCCCGGGAACCCCUGAGGCCUCUUCAGCCCGGAGCUCAGGCACGGGUGCCAGCCAGGGUCGCACGCCUGCAUCAACCAGGCCUAGCUCGGCAGCUGCUUCGGUGUCUGCUGAGGACAUGCUGAUGCAGGGCUACAUCCCCAGCACCGAGUAUGUCGGCAUCAUGGCCCUGAACAAGGAGCUCCGUGAGCAGAACAAGCAGCUGAGAGCGGAGUUGGUGAACCUGAAGGUCGACCAUGAGUCGCUCCGCAUGGAGGAGGGAUUCCUACGAUCGCAGAUGCUGCAUGCUGGUCUGGAGCCACCGCUUGAGGUUACCUCCUCGCUCCCCGACGAGCCCUGA